UGUUCUUAUUCCAGAAAGUAUUAAAUCCUCAGUGGGCAACAAAGUGAAGAUUCUCUUCAAAAAUGUGGUGCGCCUUGAAACCAAAGGAGACAAGACUGAAAAUAGGGUGCUGGUGUUUUCGCCAUGCAGAAUUCUACUGCUCACAGCAAAGGUGCCAACAAAGGUUGACUGUCAUUUCCAUUAUUUGGAAAUACAAGCGUUGGAGAGUAAAAGAGGCAACCAUCUGAGCCUCACGAUAAACGAUAAAGUCUACUCGUUUUUGACUGGCGAAGAUUCAAGUUGCAGCACUGAAGUGGACAAUAUGAUUGGAGCUUUGAAUAAUGCCAUUAGGAAUAUUUUUCCUACUGUACCUCUACAGCAUAUUAUUAAAAAGAUCGAAGUAAUUCCGAGCACAAGGCUUCAACAAUUGAGAGACUUGGAAGCGAUAGCCAGCAGCCGAAGGGAAAUAGGCCCGUGUGGUGGCUUUUCCACCCAGUACGCUUGCUACUGCGACUUUCACAGUAUGACUUAUCGGGAAGAGGUAGCUUGGGACGUGGACAAUAUUUAUUUUUCUCUAAACACAAGGGAAUUGAACUUAAAGGAUUUUGAGUAUUUAGAUCAAAAAGAUCUUAUUCCAAUAAUAAACGCCUUGGAGCACAAUACCUGGUUUACGAAAUUGAGGGCCAAUCAAAUUAGAUUAUCACACGAUAAUUUGGAUAAAAUAUUACACGUUUUACGUAAAUCUUUGAACCUAGAAGAGCUUUAUUUGGACAACUUGGCCCUCAAAGCAGAUUUCGUCAAUAAACUCUCUAAUACUUUGAAAUUGAACCCGGUUUCCGCAUUGCACACAAUAGAUCUGAGCCAUAAUCCUAUAGAGGAUAAAGGUGCUUCGUAUUUGAGUCAAUGCGUCAACAGGUUAAGUAAAGGAGUGGCUCAUAUAAAUUUGUCUCAUUGUGGAUUGAGUUCAAAGGGUAUUAAUAAUUUGGCGAAUGCUUUGUAUUCGAAUGUGACUAAUGCUAAUACUUUGACCUACCUCAAUUUGAGUGGAAAUAGCCUUAAGGAUGAUAUUAGUAAUUUGCAAAAUUUCCUGUCUCAAUCAAACACUCUACAAUACAUUGAUAUUUCGUCGACAGACAUUAUACUCGAAAACCUUUUCGGGGCUCUAGUGAAAGGUUGCACCACCAACUUGGUGCACUUGAACGUGUCGCGGAACCCGUUCAGCAGUAAAAAGAACAAAGAGGCCCCGAUUUCUUUCAAGCAAUUCUUUAGCAGCACCCUUAAUCUUAAGUAUUUGAAUAUUUCGCAUUGUAAGUUGCCUCAGGAGGCUUUAAAGAAUUUAUUAUUGGGCCUAGCAUGUAACGAAUUUACCAAAGAAAUGAGUUUAGAUAUAAGCAAUAACGGAUUGGGUAGUCAUGGUGCUCACGUGCUGGAAUCUUGCGUUCACGGCGUAAGGUGUAUUUCUAGUCUUGACAUUUCGGAUAAUAGUAUGGAUUCGGAUUUGUGCAACGUAGUCUUAGCUAUAAGUAAAAAUAAGUCCUUGAAGCAUCUCAACAUGGGUAGGAGCAUGAAAAAACACAUGUCCCUGAUAAUGGACUCUGUCGUUCAAAUAAUACAAGACGACGAAUGUAUUUUGCAAAGUCUCAUCAUUCCAGAUUGUCGAUUAAGGGGCGAUUUGUUUAAUCUUUUGAACGCUCUAGGUGAUAAUAAGUCUUUGGAAUUAUUAGAUAUUAGUGGAAACCUUAUAGGAGACUCUGGUGCUAGAUUAUUGGCGAAAGCCUUACAGAUAAACAGCAAAUUAAAAACAAUCAUUUUGGAUAGGAAUAAUAUUAGUUUGCAAGGUUACCAUGAUUUGGCUUAUGCGUUGGAGAGCAAUAGGACAUUAACAUAUAUACCAUUCCCUAUUUUCGAUGUUGCUCCUUGCAUGAAAGCCUCAACAGAACGCACUGAUACAGUAAUGCGCAAAAUUCAAGAUUUGCUCAAUAGAAACGUGGCUUUCAAGCAACAAGCCACCAAACACACUUCGAUGCAACCAGGAUUUUUGCUCACCUCGAAACAGCAAGCGCUUGAAAGGCUGGUGACUCAAACGCAAGACGCCAUCAAAUCAUUGGGUACCGACUCGAUAGCGCCUCACAAUGACAUCAAUCACGCCAAUGAUGUUAUACAAGAUGCGGAAAAUUGCAAACAGUUGCUGAUAAGGCUGCAAGAGGUGGCUCAACAUCGGAAUGAUAAGCAUCCGGUUGAAGAGAAGCUACAGCAAGUUUCUGGUGAUAUUUAUAAUAGCGUUUGUGAUAGUAUACAGGUAAUGAUUGAGAAAAUGUUGAAGACUUGUAAGGAGCAAUGUCCUUAUGUAUUAAGGGACGACCACACUGUGCAAGAAAUCAAAAAAGAGUGCAAGAAAAAGAAGCAAAUUCCUUUGGAUUAUGUUACCAGUUGUGUAAGGCAUCAGGCUGGAAUGGAUAUAAUGAAUAGGUUACGUGAGUUAAACCUAAUGGUAGCCUCGCAACUAAGCGAACAAGUAACCGACGAAGUCUACGAGAUUUUGAUGCAAAGCUACAAGAUUUUGGUGGGUGACGAGAGCGCUAUCAGAAUCGAUUCGCCUCCGAGAAGAUCGAGGCUGAGCAGUUCCGGUAGUUCCAGGCACGGCGCCAGCGAUAUUUCCAUUACGGACAGUACUAGUCAUAUUAGUGAUCACUCUCCAAUGAUGUUGGAAUAUUUGAAUCUUGCAACUCCGCAUCUUUCAAUUAAAAGACGCAGCGUCCACAAUCGAAAACUACGUCCUAAAUCGGUAGUGGACAGUGUUGAAGGUCUAUCAGCCGACGAUAUACCAAGCUUAUUGCCUUCUAUGCCUCGUAACGGGGAAGAAGAAGAUGCCGUAACCGAACUGCCUAACACUAGUCAUCAUUUGCAACAUUUAGUAAAAGGAAUUUUCUUAAAUAAAGGACGUCCUCGUAGAGCCAAAACAAGAGCACCUACCAGGCCUGUUGUUAAACCUCCCGAUGUAACUGAUUCUGUAUCACAAGAUCUUGUCGAAGGCCUAGACACAUUUUUCCGUCCAGGGUCUGUGACGCCCACUUCGGACGAUUGCCACUCGUUUCAGCUGGACGGCAGUCCGAAUCACGAGUUCUCUUCGCCGGUGCUGAGCGAAGAUCGGAAAACUCCAAAGCUCAGCAGAAACUCGCCGCUUCUGAGAGGUCUGAUGACUCCGACGCCUCGGUCUCGGUCCAUAGAUAAUUUGGAAAAGUGUUCGCCGACGUUGCAUCGUAAAAAUACCGGAGAUUCGCCUCUUAGUAGAAGAUUAACUGGUGAUAGUUUAGUGAGUCAACAAAGUAGCGAAGGCAGUUUGGCGACUGAAUCAACUUUUGAUCAUUCUCCCAGCAGUACUCUGUCAAAAGGAGUGUCUCCGGAUAGCUUGAAAGAAGACUCAAUAUCUCAUCUGAAGCUCAAGCCUUCACCUGCAGUGUCGCAAAAACCUCGCCCCUGGUCGAUGGUAAAUUCAGAAGCCAAAUCCCAAGAUCUGAGUCUUCUGAGCGACGGCUCGUCGGCGAACAACUCGACCGGCAACACUCCGGAUUCGGCCGAGGCUCUGGACAGCUCCGAAUCGAGUUCGAUCGAUAGACGAUUAGCCAAGGAAGUCAAAUUGAAGAGGACAGGUAUUUUGCACAGUUAUUUCCCAGACCGAAGCGAUUUCAAGUUUUUGUCGCGUUACAAGGCGAUAACCAGCAAUAAAACGAUGACAGUGGAUCAAGCAUCGAGAAGUGCCAACUCUGAUCGUAGGGACAGUAACUUUAACUGUAGGACAAAGGAGGACGCGCACGUGAUUAGAUAGGAUUUUGGAUUGUCCAGUUGAAGUUAUCUGGAUUUGGAUUAUAACUAAGGAACUUGUGGAACAAGUGGGGCUGGGAAGGGGAAAAAUUGUUUUUUUUUUUGUAAUUUUUUAUUGUUUUUUUUUUCUCUCUGCCUAUUUUGUUUCUCAUUUUUCGUCUAAUUUAUUGUUUAUUCCAGGCUCUUGAGUUUUGAUUCUCUAAACGUAGAAGUUUACUUUAUGCCGUUUAUUUUUAAACUGAUAAAUGUCUACUUAUAGGUAACUACUAUCAACAUAAUAUAGAAAGUUUAAUCGCAUUCUUAUGAUUUGUUUGAGCCAUUUCAUGAAAAAUUGAUAUCAGAAAAGAGCACAUUAACGUAUGCAUAUGAAUAAGGCCUGUAUUAGCUCAGGGCAAUACAGCGUCUUCUUCUUUGCAAAUCAUCAGCAAAGAACCUCCUAUGCUCGUGGUAACAGAACGAAACCAAAUCUUCAAUGUUCACCAUGUAUUUCCUGAGGAUUCAAAUCAAGAAAAAGUAUAUUUGGAAGCAGUAGAACCUCAGCAUUGCAUCGCAUCAAACUGAGGUACAAUGGUACUGUUUUUGCUUACGGCCAAACUGGUACUGGAAAAACGUAUACCAUGGGAUCUGAAUCACAAAUACUAAAAUAAAUUAAUAAAGAAGGAAUCAUUCCCAGAUCCCCCAAAUAACUAUUCACUGAAAACAACGACAAUGAAGAAAUCCAAGUUAGGGUGACUUUUUGUGAAAUUUACAAUGAAAAAGUCUCCGAUCAACAAAAUACCUUUACCAAUUUCAGGUUUCACUGCACCCAAUUUAAUUAAGAAAUGUGCGUCAUAAAUGUAACAGAAGCCAGCAAUUUGCUGGAAAGAGGCAACAAAAACAGGCAUGCUGGUCAAACUAAACAAAACUCGAACAGCUCAAGAUCACACGCCAUAUUUACAUUGGAAUAUGAAAACAAAAUUCAAAAUACAACAGCAAAAUUGAAUCUAGUAGAUCUGGCUGGUUCUGAGAGUGCCAAAAGAAUGGUACCAAAGGAAAGACCUUCCAAAUAGGCAUAAACCAUGAACAUCAACAAAGGGUUGCUUACUUGUUGAGUCUUUAAACCCUGAAAAUUACAUAUUUUAAUUCCUUACUGGAAUGUAUACCGUGAGCUAAGUUAUGACAAUUCUGUAAUUCCAAAUUCAUGUCGAAAAUCAAUAAUUAUUGGAAAAUUGCAUUUGGGUUAGAUUGAGUAAGUCUGCAAUAAAAUGCUAACUUACGAGGACUAGAUGGCACCAGGCGGACGGGUUAGUUUGGGUCAGUUUGAGUAAGUAUGCAUCACAUCAAGGAAUCGUAAAAACUUCAAGGAGAACCUCCCGGGACAGUUUAUUAGCUUGCAGUGAAGAGCGCGAUAUUCAGAACUGCAUGGAAGCAUGUCAGUCCUGUCAAAAAAUCCAGAGCAUCCUUACCAAAUGAGACCUACAUGAUUGAGAACCUCCCAUGUUUCAUUGGAUUUAUUCUGAUUCAGUAAAGGAAGAAAACAUUUUAUAAUUAUAUCUAUAGACCUUCGGAAUGGCCAAUAGUUACUCAGUACAAUAACACGCAGAUGAUAAAUGAUCUGUAAUGUAUUUUUUUUGCUUCAUACUGGCUGCUUUUCCCAUGUCGGCCUUCUUUGUCAUUUCUUUGAAUGCCGGUUUAUUCACCUUCUGAUAAAUUGACAGAUGAAAACGCAAUUUGUAAUCCCAUUGGUCAACCAGUUAUCCGCCGACCAAUAGAAUUAUAGAACAAUAAAUUUAUCUUGCAAAUAGUUACCAGCAACUUUAUCUGAAGAUAAAUAAAACGGGCCUUAAAAGAAAAAUGUUCGUUUCAGAAUUUUAUUCUGCCCAUCUGCCCAUUUCAAACGAGUCUGAAAACAUUUAACCGUUGUUCGGUAGAUUUCUUCAGAUUCUAUGAUCCGGCUUUGAGGCUUAAGGAUUCCGGAUAAUACUUUUACCUGUCACGAAACGCGUCACGCAGCAACACUGCUGGUAACGCGUUGAGUGUCGGGUGAAAGUAUUAUGUAAUCCUGAAACAUCGAGUGGUAUCCAAAAGGUUAUACAACGAACUAAACUUUAAUACGCUAUACAUUGUUCCCAUAUGACACGAGAGGCUUAACAAGUGAUAAGCUUUUCGAGAUUAUCGC